AACUAAAGGCUUACUAAAUGGGGCUAUGUACCUUGCUCAUCAGAAGACUCCACACCCUGCACCCCCAGAUUGAGAAACACAUUCGUGGCACAACCUACUCAAAAUUCUCCUGAUUUACAGCUCUGAUAGCACCCCAGUUUAACCUGGAUGGAAGAACUGAGUAGACAACUUAACAAAAGAAGAUAGACAAUUGGCUAGUUAGUAAUUGUACAGGUGCUCAGCAUCAUUAGCCCUCAGGAAACUCAAAUUCAGACUACAGUGAGUUAUACUCUGCAUUAAUCAUGGCACCUGACAUUGCCCAGGGCUGCUGAGACUGUAGAAUUAACAGAAUCCUCAUGCAUCGCUGAGAGCAAUGUGAGAUGAUAUCAUUGCUUUGAAAAACUUCAACAGUUUCUCAAAAGCUCAAUAUAUACCUACCUGUCACUCAACUAAAUUCCUGUGGAAGACAGUCUGGAGAUUGCAGAACAUUGGAAAUGGACCUACCCUACACACAGCAAUCCCUCUCCUAGAUUCUUCUUCUAGGGUUCUAUCUAACAAAAACAAAGACACCUGUCCAAAGAGAUCCACGUACACCCAUGCUCAUAGCAGCACUGUUUGUAACAGCCCCAACAGAAGCCACUGAGAGGCCUAGUGACAGAUGAGUGGUGAAGAAAGCUGUGGUACAUAUGCACAGUGGAAUGCUGCUUAGUCAUGAAACGUGAUGAGUCAUCUCCUUUGCUGCUUCUUGAUGGACCUGGAAGGAGUCAUGGUCUGAUGACGAUCAGAAGCAUGCUUUCACUGCCCUCUCACACACCACUUGUCACGCAGAAUGUCUCUGAGUGAGAGCUCGGUUUUUGCCUAUGAGUCUUUGGUGCACAGCGCCAAUGUCCUGCUCAGCCUAGACGACCAGCGGAAGAAGGACGUGCUGUGCGAUGUCACUGUCCUUGUGGAGGGGCAGCGCUUCCGUGCCCACCGCUCUGUGCUGGCAGCAUGCAGCAGUUACUUCCACUCGAAACUCGUAGGCCAGGCUGACGCACAGCUUCAUAUCUCUCUGCCUGAGGAGGUCACAGUUAAAGGAUUUGAACCUUUAAUCCAGUUUGCUUACACUGCUACACUGUAUUUAAGCAAGGACAAUGUGGACGAAGUGUGCAAAUGUGUGGAAUUUUUAGGUGUACGGGAUAUUGAGGAAUCCUGCUUUCAGUUUCUUAGAUUUAAGUUUCUGGACUCCACUGCAGACCAGCAGGAAUGCCCAAGAAAAAAGUGCUACUCAUCACACUGUCAGAAACCAGACAUUAACUUUUCUCUUUUGGACCAGAGAGACUUAGAAGUUGAUGAAGUGGAGGAGCUUUUAAAAAAUAAAAAUGCUCAGAUGCCUCAGUGUAAACUCAGCAGAUGUCAAGGAAAUCCAGAGGUAUCCCCUCCUCUACAAGACAGUCCGAGCCGGACAAGUGAAACCAUGUGCUUAGAAAAAGAUGCUGCUCUGUCUUUACCGUCUUUAUGUCCCAAGUACAGAAAAUUCCAGAAAGCAUUUGGAACUGACAGAGUCCGACCUGUGGAAUCCGAUGUGGAAGAUGUCCACACAUCCUCUGUUCUGACAGUUGAGACAUCUGAAAAUAAGAGUCUAGGAGCGGUCCAGGACUGUGCAGAUUUGCAGGUGAUGUUAAAAUGUGAAGAAAGCAGUUCAGCAAUGGAACAUGAAGAAACUAAAACAGUUGAUCCUGCUUCUCAGUGUCCAUCAGAGAGAACUGAGGAGACUUCUCCCCCCUGCAAGUCUUCUGCAGACCCGCCUGGACUCUAUCCCCUGUCUCUUUUCCACACAUAUGACCAGUAUGGUGACUUGAGCUUUGUCGGUGUGCAAAACACAACAGCGUUAACGGAAAAGCCCUUGUCAGGUGUGGAUGCUCAAGAAGAGAAAGCGUUUGGUGAAAGUCAAGACCUGCAUUUGAAGUCUGAACCUGUCCCCAGGGAAGACGGUAGCCUUGCCUCUGAUCGGAGCAGCGUAGAGCGAGAAGUGGCAGAGCACCUAGCAAAAGGUUUCUGGAGUGAUAUCUGCAGCAUGGACUCCCCCUGCCAAGUGCAGUUGUCACCCACUGUGACCAAAGAUGGCUCAGAACAGACUUACCCACAGAAGCGGUCUGAGUGUCCCUGGUUAGGGAUCAGGAUCAGCGAGAGCCCUGAACCGGGCCAGAGGACUUUCACAACGCUCAGUUCUGUCAGCUGUCCUUUCAUAAGUACUCUCAGUGCGGAAGGCUGUUCAAGCAGUUUGGAGAUUGGCAACGAUGACUAUGCUUCAGAACCCCCGCAGGAACCUUGUCCGUAUACUUGUGUGAUUAGCCUGGGAGAGGACUCGGAGACAGAUACAGAAGGAGACAGUGAAUCCUGCUCUGCCAGAGAACAAGAAUGCGAGGUCAAGCUGCCAUUCAAUGCUCAGCGAAUAAUUUCACUGUCUCGAAAUGAUUUUCAAUCAUUGUUGAAAAUGCACAAGCUGACACCAGAACAACUGGAUUGUAUCCAUGAUAUUCGAAGAAGAAGUAAAAACAGAAUUGCUGCACAGCGCUGUCGUAAGAGAAAGCUCGACUGUAUACAGAAUCUUGAAUCAGAAAUUGAGAAAUUGCAAAAUGAAAAGGAAAACUUACUGAAGGAACGAGACCACAUCUUGUCAACGCUGGGGGAGACCAAGCAGAACCUGACUGGACUUUGCCAGCAAGUCUGCAAAGAAGCAGCUUUGAGUCAAGAACAGAUCCAAGUACUCGCCAAGUACUCGGCCUCAGAUUGCCCACUUUCCUUUUUAAUUUCCGAGAAAAGAAAAAGUACUCCUGACGGUGAACUUGCACUGCCAUCCAUUUUGAGUUUACCUGAGGGGCCUUCCGCUGGGCUGCCUGCCAGGAAGCAGAGCCACUGCUAUCCCAGUGCCAGCGGGAGCAGUGAGACGGGCUGCCCGCCAGGCCAGGAGGCUGGGCCCACUCCCAGCGCCGCCCCCCGGGAGCCAGCCGGGCCUGUGGAGCUGGGUCGGCCCAGCGGUGGCAUCUCUGAUUUCUGUCAGCAGAUGACUGAUAAAUGUACUACUGAUGAGUGAACUUGCCCCUCACUUCCUUCAACCAUCUGUUUUCUACUAAACUUUGACAUUGUCUUGAAAGGGUAACAUAACUAUCUGUCUCUUAACUAUUGAUUUUCACUUCUUAGUGUGUGUGUGUGUGUGUGUGUGUGUGUGUGUAUUUUUUUGUCAUGGGAAUUCCUCUGAUGUCGGCCCUGACUUGUUGAUUUCCACAAGAGACGCAAACCAGAUUUUGCUUUGCUUCCUGGAUACUGAAAAAUCGUCGUGUGACAUGUAGUAAGGGUUUUAAACUCAUUUAAAAAAGAAUAAUGACAAUUGGUAGUAGCUCUAGUCAGUAUUCAAAGUAAACACAAAAAUGAGAACAUCAGCAUAUCAAACAGUGGCUUACCAGCUUGAACUAUCUGCAGCUAAUUUCUACUUAAGAAGCAGUCUUGUAUUUGUUAAUCUGGGUUUUCUUUUUGCAAUAUACUGAUUGAAAAGAAUUUUUUUCCUCUCCAAGAAAUGCCGAAAGAGUUUUUAUUCUACUAAGAAAUAAAGUGUCAGCUACCUGAGAAAAUUUGCGUAGGUCCCCAGAGUUAUUAAAAUUUUGUACCAGAAUGCUACAGACUGGCUCUUCAGCUCCUUUCCACAUCAGAGGUUGGUCGACUUGCUUUGAGAUUCUUAAGUGAUGGAAUAUUCAGGAAAACGGCCAACAGAGGCUUCUACUCCUCAGGACUGACUUUUAAAAUUCUGGCCACAUAAACAGUAGUUAAAUAUCACUUUUCCCUUCUCUCUCUCUCUUUCUGUGUUUCUGUGUUUGUGUGUGUCUCCCUCCCUCUCUUCCUCUCCCUCUCCCCCUCUCCCUCCCCCCUCCCCCUCUUCAGUCUCUACCGCAUCCGUGUUCAUCAAGAUCUUUGUUUUCUCACAUCCUUGUCCCUCUAGAAGAAGAAAUAGCGGUCAGGGUAUGUGGUAGGUGUGAAUGCGUUGGCAACAUUCUCUCAGCUGCCCGAGAUCCUGGCGAGCUUCCUGAAGCACAAGGCUGUUGGCCUUCUCACCAGAGGUCAGCUAUGUAAGAACACCAGGCAUCCCAGGGAGAGAAAAUUGCCUGCCUUUAUCAGGAGUGACAGUUGAUUUUUCAUCCUGUUUUUGAAGUCCUGGGGUUUACUUGUAAAAAUAUGUCAUUUUUAACUAAAAUGUAUAUGCAGCAGCAGUUAACACAGCCUCAUGAAAUGGGAUGAAACUUGAUCUUGUUCCAUUAGGGGUUUAAAUCUAAAAAUCAGAUUUCAUCUUGCUAGCUUCCCGAAACGGGUGCAGAAAGGCACCCAAAACAUUUUGAGUUGGGCAUUUUAAAAUCAGUCUUUGUGUUUGUUCAGUCUAUUUUGUGGUGGAAUUUUUAUAUUCUACCUCAUAAUCUGUGGUGACUCUUAGCCGUUCUAGUGUGAUAGACUUGGCUGAGAGGCAUGGAGACUAUGGACCUCUUCUUCCUUCUUUUUUAAAUUGCCACAAGGGUUAUUGCUAGAGGGAGCUUGGUGCCAGCACUACGAAUCCACCACUCCUGGUGGCCAGUUUUUUCUUCUUUUCCUCCCUUUUGACUGGCUAAGACAGGGAGAAAUUGAGAGAGGAGGGGAAGAGAGAAAGAUAGACACCUGCAGACCUGCUUCACCACUUGUGAAGCGCGCGCGUACACACACACACACACACACACACACACACACACACACACACACACACACGGGAAGUGGGGUGUUAGAACCUGGGUCCUUGAAAACGGUAGUAAAUGUACUUGACAGGGUGUGCCACUGCCUGACCCCUGGGCCUCUUCAACACUUGAAAUGAGAAAAAAAAGAAGAAAGUCCAUGUUCACAAAGAUAUUUACAGAACCCACCUUUUAAGGGGUCCAGGGGGAGCAGUUGAUGGUGUUUUGGUUAGAAAGUCCUGCAUUUCACCAAGACUAGACACCCAAGAGAUUUCCGUGGGUUGUGCCUGAGUCUCGUGUGGGACUUGUGGGUUAUAUGGGACCCACACUGGGCAGGAGCAAGACUGAAGCAAGAGCGCAGGGGUGAGCAGGCUAACCGCUUCGGAGUAGUUAGUUCAGUUUGCUGUGGGGAGCGGAGGCGGGGUGGAUACUGCUGGUCUCUCCAGUGGGCUGUGUGCUUUACCUGUUACUGACUCAGUUGUUACAAGGAAAAACUCAUAGUUAGCAUUUUCCUGGAGAUUAUCGUACUCUCAAGAGUUCAUCAGGGAGGAGGAGAAUUCCACCAUACUGCAUCACAUACUACCAAGAACUUGUGUGUGUGUGUGUGUGUGUGUGUGUGUGUGUGUGUGUAGCCUUACAUAGUCUCUUAGGUUCUUGUAAUUUAAAAUUCGAAAUAGAAAAUAAUGUAAAAAAAAAAAAUCCUGGUUUACACGUGUAAAAUUUUAUACAAGCCAACGGAAUCCUUGAUUUCCUAUCCUACCUCAGUGUAUUCUCAACUGUUGGUCAGACCAGUCUGUGUAUGUGCAAAUGUCAAGUAGUGUUUCUGCUUUCAUUGCAGCUGUAAAUAACUGCUUUCAAAGGUUGCUUAUUUUAUGGUAAGACCUACUUGUCUCCAGAAUUUACAUAUGAUUUUUUUUAAGGUUUAAAUCUCUCUUUAUAUAAGCAGUUUAGCAUUAAGGGUUUAUUUUAAUGAUUCUGAUUACUGGCCAAGUAUAAUAUUUCUUGAAAUCUAGCAUUACUUUUAACAGCCAGCAUGUAAUACAAGUAACUACACUACCUCAUACCAGCGUGAUCUUCAAGUUGUAAUACAGAGGAACAGAGAGAGAAAAAGCCUUUGUCUUUUGGCCAUAGGUGGGGUGCUUUCUACAUAUCGCAUAGCUUUACACAUCAGUUCCUGUUUUAAUAUUCAACUUCUGAAGUUUUUUUUUUCCCCCUAAGGAAAUAGAUUUCAAGCUGAUCUUGCUGUUAAAGACUGCCGAAGACAAAUGACGGAUCAUGUGUGUACAGUGUAUGUCUUUCCCUUCAUGUGAAAGUUUGGGAAGAUGACUUGCAGCUUGUAUAUCACAUAUUUACAUGAUCAUUGUUCCUUAUUUUAUGAACUGGCCUUCUCAGUACUUGGUGAUUUUAAAAAGCUGUUGCCUCUAAUUCAGUAAAAUAACAGUACCUUAUUAUUUCUUCAUUAUUUAAAUCCUAUAGUUAUAGCAGGUGAUACAUUAAAUUGUUAUAUUCAGAGCAAAUACAGACAGAAAUCUUGGGUUUCCCCUGUAAAUUGUAUGGCAUCAUUUUCCGCAGCUUAAAGCCUAAGCAGUUUUAAAGAAGGAAUGAAAUACAGUUGACGCAGUAGACGACACUUGUGGACUUUCACCCACAGUAACAACUUGGAAAAAAAAAAAUCAAAUGGCAAUGUUGUUAUGAAUUCUCAGGUGAACUUGUUUUCUGUUAUUGAACAUCUAUUUUGAAUUUGUAAAUAUUUUAAAUGUUUUCUGAAGGCAUGUAAUAAACUAUUCUUUGAAACCUGUUGGGCAGAAUGAAAAUUUAAAGCCAUAAUGGUUUAAAAAAUGGCAUACUGAUUGUAAAAUAAACAAAUAGAACAUC